AUGACUCCAGAUGCCUUUCCAAAAUUCCUACAACUCCCCAAAGAGAUUCAGAUUCUCAUCUGGGAAGCUGCAGUCCGCCCAAUCCCUGGCGAUCGCCAUGUUCACCGUUUCUAUAUCGCCGACUAUCGUGUUCUCCAGCCAACUCCCAUGAAACCGAUACAAGGGAGAUUUCUUCGCUUGCUACGCACUAAGAAAUUCGAGUACGAGUCUGUGAACAUUGCUUCAGGGCUUUCACUAGCUAUCCCAAUUGAUGAUGUUGCGGGCAACCCAAAUGAGUCAGUCUACCUGACAGACAGCUAUCUCUGGACUUUUUGCAAGGAAUCACGCCAAGCGAUGGAAAGACGCUUCACUAAGAAUGAAUGGUGGUCGCACGUCAAGUCCCCCUUUCACCCAAAACGUACAGCAGAACCAGGCCGAUAUAUCAGUCAAAAAGGCGCUACUCAUACUGCAUCUUACCAAGACAAUGAUGGUAUCGUCAAGCAUAUCACAAUAGAUUUCGACAACGAUCUCAUCCACUUUGAUCCUCGGUGGCUAAGCCAAGUGGAUUGGUGGCAUAUUAGCCCAAGUGUCUUCUUGCCUCUAUUCGACGAAAGCCCGUCCAAUCAAAGAUCAGGAUUCAGCUUCAUAGGGAGCAACGUUGCGAUGGAUUAUGACCCCACGAUUAUGGACACCCUCAAAAACCGUAAGGUCCACUACAACCAGAUAGGAUUGGGGAUGACUCGUGGAGUUUUUGAAGACAUGAUAAGCUAUCUCCUUGACCUUGCAAAGGUCACAAUUUGGUGUAUUGAUUACAGCCUGAUACGGGCACAGCAUAUCCCAAGAACGUCAGAAGAAGGGAGAGGGCAGCAAGAGAGGAAUGCAUAUCCCACAAGGGAGAUCUUCCGUUCAAGUGAUCUCAUCUACACGGAAGUCAAGAGAGAAGACAUCGGCACCUGGUGGGUCGUAAGCAACAGCAACGAUGAAGUCAACAUUGGCGAGGCAGAGACUGCUUUCGACAUGUUUGACCUUCUAUCACUCAACGACGCUCUAUCACUCAGCAAUGAUGAUCUCGGUCAUCUUCGGGUUCUAGCUUGUGAACCAGUGGCUGGAAGAAUGCCUCGACCGCGUACACCAUGGGCGCGGAGAUGUGUUGGUGAUGAGACUUGCGAGACUUGUAAUCCCGACAGAAUUGUUCCUCGUCUGCCGCCGUCAAAUAUCAAGAGAGAAGGAUCAGAGAUUUCAUCGAGCGUUUCUAGCUCAGACUUGAAUUUAUUCGACUAG